AUGAUGACGGUCUGCAGUCGAAUACAAUCGAAGACAGUUUUAUACGAUGAUGAUUUGAACUUGACUGAAGAACAUGUUAUUAUUCGAGAUGUUGUAUCCUCCGCUGACGAUAUAAAAAAUGAUAAAAUAAAUAUUAAUAAUCUACGCAAGCGUACUAGAAUCGCAUUUGUACAAAUACUUAAACGAUGUUCCAAUUCUUGUGGGCUUCCUUUUAAUUCAGACGUCAAUAUUAAAUUACUUGAAAUACCCAGUGCUGAGUUGAUCCACUUUGCUUCGAACAAAACAUUAUCAUUAAGACGGGUGCCACUGGAAAUGAACGGUCACGUUCGAAAAGUCUCGGUUAUGCUGCCCACGAAUGUUUUUAUUGGCAAUAUUGUAGUUACUAGAUACUUGAAAAUGCAUGAUGGCAUUCUUGAUACUGUUACUACCGCUACAAAUCCUGAUCUAUUUAUUACGUCAACCACAUCUGAACUUCUCUCCGAUACUGAUAAUAUGGUCACGUCAAUACAAACAGUCGAUCCCACUGGAUAUCAUGUAACAUUAAAUUGUGGACAAAUAAAUUUAAGUUAUCGUUAUGUUGCAGAGCAACAAUGUGUACGGAGUAGAAGACAUUUACCAGCAAUAUAG